CCCGCCGCCGCCGCCACCGCAGCAGGGAGCCCGGGGUUUGCCACCACCGCAGCAGCAGCAAAUGCUGAGUUUACGGGCAACGAAUCAAGCAUCGCUCCUCAGUGCCAAUCCUAUGCUUCAGCGGGCCCUGCUCCUGCAGCAGAUGCAAGGAAACUUGCGAGGAUUUAAUAUGACAGCCCCAGCACUGCAACAGUUUUUCCCUCAGGCUACAAGACAUUCCCUGCUGGGGCCGCCACCUGUUGGGGUCUCAUUAAAGCCUGCACGGCUUGGCUUCCCAGGCCUCCCUUUCCAGCGGCAGAAUCGGAUGUUUCGCAAGGACUUCCAGAGGACCCCUGACAGGAAGCAGGAGCUGGAUCAGGGAUCAUCAUCUCAGACCCAAGGAGGUGAUGAGAAACUAGAAAUCCAAGAGGAUGCCCAGGCAGGGUCAGAACAGAACAACUGCCCUACAGAACCAGAAACUCCACCAGAAUCAAGCCUGAACACUGAGCCUGCAGCCAAGAAACUAAAGAGUGUGGAAGAACCAUCAGUGCUAGAGGAUGCUGCAAGCAGCAGGGAAGCAGACGAGCCAAGCAUGGAAAGCCAAGAAGAUGGGCCUGACACUGUGAAGGAGUACAUGGCUGAAGACGUUUCUAAAGAGAGGAACUUCUCAGAGGAACCAAAGGCUCCUGAGCAGGUACUGACUUCUGGGGGUUCACUGAAAGUGACUAUCCAGCAGAGCAGCGAGAGCAGAGCCAUCAGCACCACAGCCCUGAAGCCAGGGUACCGGACCUGUGACUUGGGCACAACUGAUGCUGGCCCUGAGCCUGUCCUUAAGUUCUACUGUUACAUCUGCAAGACCAACUGCUGCAACCAGCAGAAUUUCCAGUCCCACAUGGCUGGAAUUCAGCACCAGCAGCGACUUGGAGAGAUUCAGCACAUGAGCAAUAUCUGCUUUGUCUCACUGCUGCCUAUGGUGAAAGAGCAGAAGUCUCUGGUGGAGAAAAGUGGAGGACCCCGGCAGCGCUGGUGUAACACCUGCCAAAUACACUUCACAGGGGAUCUCAUCAAACAUCGAAGGACCCAAGAACACAAGCUGGCCAAACGCUCUCUCCGUCCCUUUUGCACUGUCUGCAGCCGCCACUUCAAGACCCCGCGCAAGUUUGUGGAGCACAUGAAGUCUCCUGAGCAUAAGCAGAAAGCCAAGGAGGUGAGGCUGGGAGAGAAGGAGCUGGGUGGGCCAGAGGACUCGGAGGAGCUAAUCACAGUGGAUGCUGUUGGCUGUUUUGAAGAGGAUGAUGAAGAAGAGGAAGAGGAGGAGGGAGGGGGUGAAGAGGAAGACUCAGAGGUGGUGCUGACAGAGAAUGAAGAUCCUAUUGCCAAGCAGGUUGGUUUGAAGGAAAUGUCUCCAGAGGAUUAUGAAGGAAAUGAGAAGUACUGUCCAGACACCGCCUAUGGCCUGGAUUUUCUGGUCCCCGUCGCAGGUUACCUCUGCAGACUGUGUCACAAAUUCUACCAUAGCGACUCUGCUGCCCGGCUCGCGCACUGCAAGUCCCUGAUGCAUUUUGAGAACUUUCAGAGAUACAAGGCAGCCAGGCUCCGUGCCACAGCAGCACACUCAGAGGCCUCUUUGCAUGCCCAGCUGUUGGAUGAUCAGAAGCAGCCUCUGGCCACUGAGACAGAAGAAGCCAAGUCUGUGAAUGCCCAUCCAGGAGCAGGAGACAAAGUUUCAGGAUUACUGGCACUAAAAAAACAAAGCUCUUGGUCUCUGGAGACCAAGAGUGAGCUGGGCACCUCUGUGAGAAGGGGUGAAAGCCUGGCCAGUGAGACUGAUGAUAUAUGUGGAGCCUUGGUCAUAGAGGAGGAAGGGAGUCGGGAGGAGGGAAACCAGACCCCUAGUUCUAGUGAAGACUGCCUCCUCCUGGAUGAGGACAGCACUACAGGGGAGUUGCUGGAACACCCUGCAUGCAAAGAGAGCAGCACCAAAACCAGGCAAUGGGAAGGCAUAGACAAAGCCCUAGCUUCAGGGAGCUCUGAGCAGGGUGAGGUAGCAAACAAAGGCCAGGAGGAAGAGGCAGCCAGUCUAACCCCAGCUGGGCGUAGACGCUCCACUCGACGCAAACUCAGAUAGAAUGGCCUUAAAGGGGAAGCCCCUUUGCAUACAAUAUUUGCUGGAAAUGUUUAUUUUCGGAGUCUUUUAAUAGAGCAAAAACCUUCAACUUUACUGCUGUUUUUAUUUUAAAAAUAAAUAAGCCUGGCUUUAGCGUGUCUAAUA